AUGGCCAGUUUGAUGCAAUCAAUCUUAAAGUCUAGGAAUAGUACAAACAAGAUUCACUUGGAUGGUGAAAUGAGAAAGGAGUACAUUAAGCUUCAUAAGGCAGUAAGACAUGCUCACGACCAAGGCAGACAUACACCAAGUCCUGAACCAUUCAGAAUGUCUCCUAGCCCUGAACCGAAAACCCACGAUCAACAUCACAAAAAUCUGCAACAUCAUGAAGAGAAUAUCAGUGCAGUUCCACUUGAAGUUGUAAAUCGAGUGCUGAAAGAAGAUUACGUGAUAAGAAGACAAUUAUUUAUGAAACAGGUAUUCGAUAGUACAGAAAAACAAUAUUUCAAAUGUCUUCUCGAUUCUGAAAGAAUGUAUCAACUUGUUGUAAUUGCAAGAACAAGAGCAGCUUCAAUGCUAGAGAAGAAGAGAAACUCUGUCUACCUCAGUGCUGAACAAUGA